AUUAAAAUCUUAAAAUCACUCCCGACUGUUGCUGUGCAGUAGUCGGCGGGGAAAAAAAUGUCGCGGACGAUGGAGUGGGCGGCGAAGUCGGACCACCUUAAAGGCAUACCAAGAAAAAUUGUAAUAGCAGCAGUCGGUUCCUUCGCCAAAACGGUGUCGUCUCUCAUCAACACCACCUCCGUUCACAACGCCGACACUCUUCUCCGUCUCGUCCGUUCCAGACCCCAAUCCAUCCCCCUCAUUACCGUCAGCAAUCACAUGUCCACUUUGGAUGAUCCAUCAAUGUGGGGAUUCAAGGGUUUUCCAAUUUUUGAUACUAAGAUAGCUCGAUGGGUUCUUGCUGCUGAAGAUAUCUGUUUCAGAAAUCCACUUUAUUCCUAUAUUUUUCGUACCGGGAAAUGCAUACCUAUUACGAGAGGCGGCGGAAUUUAUCAAGAGCACAUGAAUGAAGCGCUUGAGCGCUUAAAAGAUGGAGAAUGGCUGCAUACUUUUCCAGAAGGAAAAGUUUAUCAAGAUGAUGCACCUAUAAGGCGAUUGAAAUGGGGAACUGCUAGUCUAAUUGUCCGUGCACCUAUAACUCCGAUUGUAUUGCCAAUUGUUCAUCAUGGUUUUCAUGAGGUGAUGCCAGAGAAAUAUAUGUUUGGUAGACGGCCUCCUUUACCACUAUGGAAUAAAAAGAUUAAUAUGAUUAUUGGCGAUCCAAUUGAAUUUGACCUUCCAGCAAUGAGUGAAGAGGCUAUUGCCCAGUCUCGGAACGACUCAUUCCCUGCUAUUGGGUGGCCCAGAACUUCCGAUGGUUUGGAUGAGGCAGCACAGCGAUAUCUGUACACUACAGUUUCAGAGAAAAUACGUGCUGCCAUGGAGAGAUUAAGGUGUUAUGGUAAAAGUUUUCUGAAGUCAUAAGGUUCAAUCCCACCUAAGCCUUUUAAGAUCUCACAAAUUUGUUCAUUGUAUUGUAUCAUUCAUUGUUAUUGUAGUUGAUGGUUGAGUUAGAACUCUCAACUUGAGGUUCUUAAAGUCAAGUUGGCAAUAGAAUAUUUUAGCUUUGUAGGGGCCAUGGCCCAUGGACUACCCUCCAUCUGCAGCCCAAAUUUAGGUGGGCUAAUAUUUGAAAUAUCAUUUUUUAGAGAAACUAAACAAGUUUUAGCUCAAUUCUCAAGUAGGCUAGGAGAUAAAUCCUAGUUAGUAAUUUUGGAUAUUUAUAAGAAACAUCAUGCAUGGAUUUUUCUCCUUUGCAUUUUAGUAGUGUCUUGUCACUUUCGAGAGAUAUAAAUAAACAGGUGCAGUUCGCAUUUUAGGUAGCAAUGCUGUUCAAGCAGACCUCAUUGUUCAUUUCUUUGUGUAAUGUACAAAUCCUAUAAUACAUGAUCUCAUAUAAUGUUA